AUGGAAGAUAGUAGGAUCACUACUCUUCACCAAGUUGUGUCAGGCAAAUUGAAUCUUGAAGUGUCUUCUAUGAUUGAAAGUAUGGUCAGUGAUACCUCAGUUAAUGGUUUGGUGACUAUUUCAUUUAUGUGUUUGAAUUGUCAUGCGACCAUUUAUGGUAAAAAAGACUUUGGAAUUGAUUUGAUAUGUUUGCCUUUGAGUCAACUCGAUGUUGUUUUGGGGAUGAAUGGGCUGAAGUUCAAUCGUGUUUAUAUCAACUGUUUUGGUAAGACUGUGUUGUUUCCUGAACUCGAAGAUAGUAUGGAUUCGAGAUUCGUGUCCGCCAGUCAGGUUGAGAUGUCCUUGAGGGAGGAUGAUCAGGUGCUUGUGAUGUUUGCUUCCUUAAGAGUGGAGAGCGAUGUUGUGGCUAGUGAUAUGCAUGUGGUGUGUGAGUUUCCUGGCGUGUUUCCUGAGGAUAUUUGUGACUUGCCGACUGAGCGAGAAGUUGAGUUCACCAUAGAUUUAGUACUUCCUACUAGACCUGUGUCGAUGACACCGUAUAAAAUGUCUACAUCAGAGUUGAGUGAGCUGAAGAUUCAGUUAGAAGGGCUGCUGGAGAAGGAGUUUGUUAGACCUAGUGUGUUGCUGUGGGGAACGUCAGUGUUGUUGGUUAAGAAGAAAGAUGGUAACAUGAGGUUGUGUGUUGAUUAUCGAUAA